CCAUCGAGAAGAUCCCUUCAUAUGCCUUCAACCGAGAGUGCCCUCGCUCAUGCGUUUGGACUUGGGCGAGCUGCGCAAGCUGGAUUUCAUCUCCGAUGGCGCCUUCGAGGGCCUGCACAACCUCAAGUACCUCAACCUGGGCAUGUGCAACAUCCGGGGGGAGAUGCCCAAUCUGAGCCCYCUGCUGGGCCUGGAGGAGCUGGAGAUCUCGGAGAACCUCUUCUCCGAAAUCAAGCCAGGCUCCUUCCGGGGCCUCCGCUCACUCAAGAAGCUGUGGGUGAUGAAUUCGCAGAUUGGGGUGAUCGAGCGCAACGCCUUCGACGACCUGAGCUCGCUGGUGGAGCUCAACCUAGCCCACAACAAUCUGAGCGCCCUGCCGCACGACCUGUUCUCCCCCCUCAGGUACCUGGUGGAGCUGCACCUCCACCACAACCCCUGGAACUGUGGCUGUGAAKCCCUGUGGCUGGCGCGCUGGCUGCGAGAGUACAUCCCUACCAAUUCUACCUGCUGCGGCCGAUGCCACGCGCCGGCCCACAUGCGGGGCCGCCAGCUGGUGGAGGUGGACCGGGGGGAGCCCGGCGUGCUCCAGUGCUCUGCCCCCUUCAUUGGCGAUGCGCCAAGAGACUUGAACAUUUCGGCAGAGCGCGUAGCGGAGCUCCGUUGCCGGACGGCGCCAAUGUCCUCGGUCCGGUGGCUGCUGCCCAAUGGGACUGUCCUGACGCACGCCUCGGCACACCAGCGGAUCGCUGUGCUCAACGACGGCACGCUCAACUUCUCCAACGUCCUGGCGGCUGACACAGGCACCUACACCUGCAUGGUGUCCAACGCGGCCGGCAACUCAAACGCCUCGGCCUACCUCAACGUGAGCGCGGCUGAACUCAACACGUCCAACCUCAGCUACUUCACCACGGUGACCGUGGAAGUGCCGGGACCCACCACGGAGAUGCCCAAGCCCAAGACCACAACGAGCGCCCCUAACACUGGUAGGGGGGCAGGAGGAGAAGCAGGAGGAGGUGCGGGGGGCGCUGGCACCACCACCACCGCCUCGCCCUCCCUCUUUCAGCCCGUCUUCAUCUCUACUCCCACUGUUCUGCUCCAGAACACCGAGGGCCAGCCAGGCGCCCGACCGUCCGCCAUUCCUGCCUCCAAGUCUGCCACGGUCAAGCCACCCGACACAGUCCCCAGCCUGGACGAGAUGAUGAAAACCACCAAGAUCAUCAUCGGCUGCUUCGUAGCCGUCACGCUGCUGGCCGCCGUCAUGCUCAUCGCCUUCUACAAGCUGAGGAAGCGCCACCAGCAGCGGAGCACGGUGGCAGCCGCCCGUACGGUGGAAAUCAUCCAGGUGGACGAGGAGGACCUGCCACCGCCAGCUUCUGCUGCCAACGAGAUCCGAGACCACACGCUGCCCGAGAUACGAGACCACAACAGCAUCCAAAAACUGGAUUAUAUCAGCCACAAAACAGACUAUGGCUUCCCCAAACCCAAAGCUGACUACAAGGGGGACUACAUAAUCCACAAGCCCAAACCAGACUACAUUAUACACAAGCCCAAGGCUGAGUACACCACCUAUAAACCAACCGUGGACUACACUACCCACAAAUCUACCGUGGAAUAUAGUGCCCACAAAUCUACACCAGAUUUUAGCCUUCAUAGACCAAAGGCUGAUUAUAGCCCGUUCAGACCUGAAUAUAGCACUCACAAGCAGCCUAAAGCAGAUUAUAGCCCCUUCAAACCUGACUACAGUACUCACCCGAGAACACCUAAAGCAGAUUAUAGCCCCUUCAAACCUGACUACAGUACUCACCCGAGAACACCUAAAGCAGAUUAUAGCCCCUUCAAAACGGAUUAUGGCACUCAUCCAAAACCGGACUACAGCACUCACCCACGACCUAAACCAGACUACAGCCCUUACAAAGCUGACUACAGCACUCAGUCCAAAUCCAAACCGGAGUACAGUACACACAAAUCCAAACCCGACAACAGUCAAUACAAACCAAAUCAGAAUACACCCCCAAGGCCGCGCCGGACUACAUCGUCUUCAAAUCAGACUACAACAGCUCCCACAAACAGGAUUAUGGCAACCAGAAACCCCAAAUGGAUUCCAGUCCCCACAAAGCAGACCAUCACAAGGUGGGACUUACGCCCAACCUCAACCCAAAUACAACACGUACAAGCCAGCAGGACACGGGGCUAAAUGGACAGAGAACAACAUCGGGAACUCUCUCCCUCGAACCUUGCCCAGCGCCACCACAAACCUCCCUGAGCCCUUUGUCAUAAAAACUCACACCAAGGAGAAGGUUCAGGAGACUCAGAUUUAACAACCCCCCUCCCCAGCCACGUCCCAAUCCCCAUAGCCCCCCCCCACUCAUAACUACAUGCAAUAGAAUGCACAACGGGGAAAAAAGGACAGGAACUUUCUUUUUGUACAGAGUGCAAAACUUAAAGACUGAUCAUUUCUUGUUGUACAUGCUUAUAAAUAAAUCUAUAUAUGAAACUAUUCAAACUACCAUGGGCUGGUGAUAGAGAAGCAUAUUAUAUUAAAAAUAAAUACAUUCAAACUA